UAGAAGCUGUUUGAAGCAGUUUGAAGCUUCAUGUGCUUCAGGGGAGUCUGACUGUACAUUUUUUUUUUUUUUGUUUUGUUGUGAUAAAUUUACAUUACAUCAGUGUGUUAAAUGUGUAAUUUUAUUGUGAAUUUGAUUUAGUUUCAAUUUUGACUGUGAGGGCGCCGAUGGAUCAACAUUGAGGAGAAAAUGUCUGGAAAUCUCUUUUUUCUCUAUGCGAUUCUCCUAAUUGGAGUUUUCGCUGAUCCGGACCCAACAGAUGAACAAUUUCACAGAAUACCAAAAAAUAGAGAUGAGGAUAAAUGUUACGAUAAUUCGGGAAGAGCACAGAGGUGUAUACCACCGUUUGAAAAUGCUGCAUUCAGUGUUGUAAUGGAGGCAACAAAUACAUGCGGUGAAGAAGGACCCACUGAAUAUUGUAUGCAAACGCACAAUGAUAAUCAAAAUAAUGAGAAAUCUUGUGAAAUUUGUAAACAAAAAGAUCAUUCUGCAAUAUUUCUUACUGAUCAUGACAAUAAUGAUAAUGCAACAUGGUGGCAGUCAACUACAAUGUUAGAUGGAAUUCAAUUUCCAAAUCAAGUUAAUCUUACACUUCGUCUUGGAAAAACAUUUGAUAUCACAUAUGUGAGAGUAUUGUUUGAGUCUCCUAGGCCAGAAAGUUGGGGAAUUUAUAAGAGAAGAAAUGAAAAAUCUCUUUGGGAACCAUAUCAAUUUUACUCGGCAACGUGUCGUGAUACUUAUGGUUUGCCUGAGUCUAAGGACACAACACGUGGUGAUGAUACUAGAGUACUUUGUACAUCUGAAUAUUCUGACAUUUCUCCUUUAUCUAAAGGAACUGUGGCAUUUUCCACCCUUGAAGGACGUCCAUCUGCUUAUUAUUUUGAAACUAACACCGAAUUACAGGAAUGGGUCCAAGCAACAGACUUGAGAAUAACAUUGGAUAGAUUAAAUACAUUUGGAGAUGAAGUUUUUGGCGAUGAUCAAGUAUUGAAAUCGUAUUACUAUGCAAUUGCUGACGUUGCUGUGGGAGCACGUUGUGCUUGCAAUGGACACGCGGGUGAAUGUGUCAACAGUACAAGCGUCGAUGGAAGAACAAGAAGAGUUUGUCGCUGUGAACAUUUUACAACUGGUCCAGACUGUAAUGAGUGCCUUCCGUUUUAUAAUGAUGCACCUUGGGGACGUGCAACAACUUUAGAUGCCCAUGAAUGUAAACCUUGCAAUUGUAAUGGUUAUUCGGAUCGAUGUUAUUUUGAUAAGGAAUUAUAUAAAUUAACUGGACAUGGAGGUCAUUGUUUGGAUUGUCAAUCGAAUCGAGCGGGUGCCAAUUGUGAAAGAUGUCGUGAAAAUUUUUAUCAACGCGCUGAAGAUAAUUAUUGUGUUUCUUGUAAUUGUGAUGAAACAGGUUCAAGAAGUUUACAGUGUAAUAGUGAAGGCAAAUGUCAAUGUAAACCCGGUGUAACGGGUGAUAAAUGUGACAGAUGUAUGGCAAAUUUCUAUAAUUUUGGCUCCUAUGGAUGCGCUUCUUGUGAAUGCUUUGAUGCAGGAUCUUUUAAAAAUCAGCCCAAUUGUGAUGCCGUUAGUGGUACUUGUCGAUGCAAGGACAAUGUUGAAGGAAAAAGAUGUCGAACAUGUCGACCUGGAUUUUUCAAUUUGGCAUUGGAAAACGAAUUUGGAUGCACCCCCUGUUUUUGUUAUGGUCAUUCAGUGCUUUGUAAUCCAGCAACAGGUUAUUCAAAGACAGCAAUUGAAAGUAAUUUUGUGAGGGGAAAUGAACGUUGGACAGCUUCAGUUGCAACUGGAACUCCAAUUCCAUUGAAUUAUGAUGCGCUUACACAAACAAUUGCUGUCAAUGCACCUGAUAGAGAUAAUGUUUACUUCCUUGCACCAGAAAGAUUUCUUGGCGAUCAAAGAGCAUCGUAUAAUCAAGAUUUUAGUUUCACGUUAAGAAUCGGUGAAACUGGUCCAGCACCAACAGCUCGCGAUAUUGUUAUUGAAAGUGGAAAUGGUGAACAAAUUACACAACCUAUUUUUGGACAAGAUAAUCGUCUACCAACAAUUACGGCACAAGAAUAUAUAUUCAAAUUACACGAGCAUCCUGACUAUGGAUGGCAACCAAGACUUAAUUCGAGAAAUUUCAUUUCUAUUCUUUCAAAUUUAACAAGUAUCAAAAUUCGUGGCACAUAUACUCAUCAAGGUAGAGGAUUUUUGGAUGAUGUGAAAUUGGAAACGGCACAUCGUGGAGCUGCAGGAGAGCCGGCCGAUUGGAUUGAACAUUGUCAAUGUCCAACGGGAUAUGUUGGACAAUUUUGUGAAUCUUGUGCUCCAGGUUAUCAUCACGAUCCACCAAAUGGAGGACCUUUCGCUCUUUGUGUUCCUUGUAAUUGUAAUGGACAUGCCGACAUUUGUGAAACAGAAACAGGUCAAUGUAUUUGUCAAGACAACACAGCGGGAAGUAAUUGUGAAUUAUGUGCUCGUGGAUAUUAUGGACAUCCUUUAAAGGGAACACCUUAUGAUUGUAAACCAUGUCCGUGUCCUGAUAAUGGACCUUGUAUUCUUUUGGGUAAUAAUCCGGAACCAAUUUGCUCGGAAUGUCCUCUUGGAAGAACAGGACCACGUUGUGAAACUUGUUCAGAUGGAUUCUUUGGAAAUCCAGAAAAAGGACAAGCUUGUCGUCCAUGUGAAUGUAAUAAUAAUAUUGAUUUAAAUGCCGUUCGUAAUUGUAAUCAUGAAAGUGGCGAGUGUCUUAAAUGUGUAAAUAAUACAGCUGGUUUUCAUUGUGACGAAUGUCUGAAAGGAUAUUAUGGAGAUGCCUUGUCCAAUAAAAAAGAAGAUAGCUGUAAAUUAUGUCAGUGUUUCGCUCCUGGAUCAUUGGAACUUGACGAUGGAAGUGUGGCACCUUGUGAUCAAUUGAGCGGUCAUUGUUCUUGUAAACCUCAUGUAAUUGGUCGUAAUUGCGAUAAAUGUGAAGAUGGAUAUUAUCAUAUUAUUAGCGGCGAGGGCUGCACAGCUUGUAACUGUGAUUCAGAAGGAUCUUAUAAUCGUACAUGUGAUGCAAUGACCGGUCAAUGUCACUGUCGACCAGGAAUUACUGGUUUAAGAUGUGAUGCAUGUAUUUCUUAUCAAUAUGGAUUUAGUCGAGAAGGUUGCAAGACAUGCGAUUGUGAUGUUAUUGGCUCACAGGAUCUUCAGUGCGAUGCUGCUGGACAAUGUCCUUGUCUUCCAAAUGUUGAGGGACGUCGUUGUGAUCGUUGUAAAGAAAAUAAAUAUAACCGCCAGUAUGGUUGCAUCGAUUGUCCUCCUUGUUAUAAUCUCGUAGAGAAUGCCGUUAAUUCCCAUAGAAGACGUCUUGGUGAUUUAGAAGAAACUUUAAAGAAAAUCAAUAGCAGUCCAACAGUUAUAAAAGAUUCGGAUUUUGAAAAAGAACUAAAAAAUGUUCAAGAUAGAAUAAAGACGCUUGUAUCACUUGCAAAACAAGGAUCUGGAAGUGAGAAAAAAACUUUGGUCGAGCAAUUGGACGAUAUAAGAGAUGAACUAAAUGAAAUUGAAGAAAUUUCCCAAAAUGUUGAUCAAACUGCAAUGAAUGCUCAAAAAAUUACAAUGCAGGGACAAAUGAGUAUUGAUGAAGCUGAAAAAGUACUUGAUAAAAUUCACGAACAAUUGAAUGAAGAAGAGGAUUAUUUGAAUGUUGAUGGACAAUCGGCAUUGAAAGAUGCUAGAAAACGAGCAGAACAAGUUGGUCAACAAAAUCAAGAAAUGACAAAUAUAGCUAAAGAAGCACGAAGUUUGGCAGAUGUACAUGUGAAUGAAGCAAAAAAAAUACACGAACUUGCCGAACUCGCUCGUAAUAAUUCAAUGGAAGCUUAUAAUUUAGCUAAAAAGGCAAUAACAAUGAACUCGAAUAUCAGUGAUGAGAUUAAAAAUCUCGAUCAUCAACUUGGUGUAUUGGGAGAUCGUUUCAGUGAAGUUUUAAAUUUAACUGUAACGACACUUAUGAAAGCAAGUAACGUUUCUGAUGAAGCACUUGGUUUAUUUAUUCAAGACAUUACUAUUCCAACAGUAAAUGUUGUUGAAUUACAAAAUCAAGUUGAUUCUAUAAAUAAUGAGGGUCAAAGGCUCAAGGAAACGGCGCAAUUGCUUUUAGAGGAUAAUGAACAUAUUCUUAAAGAGACGGAAGAAAAAAUAAAGGACGGCGAAAAAUUACUUGAAAGAGCACAAGAACAACAAAUAGUAACAGCUGAAUUAUUAUCCGAUGUCGAUGGAGCUAAUGCCAAGGCCGAAGAAGCUGUUAAUCGUGGUGCUCUUACUUUGAAAGAAGCACAAGAAACUUUCAAAAAAUUAAGUGAAUUUGACGCUGAAGUUCAACGAGUUCGAGUUAAAGCUGAUGAGGCCCUUAAAAAUAUUGAUAAUACCGAAGAAUUAGUACAAAGUGCAAUAAAUAAAGCAAAUGAGGCUCAAAAUGCAUUGAAAGACUCUGAGAAAAAUGCCCUUGGUGCACGAAAUUUUGCAAAAAAUGCUCAGACGGAUGCAGAAAAAGCCAGUGGUAAUGCAAAUAACAUUAGAAUAGAGGCAAAUAAAACAAAAAUGGAAGCCAUUCGAUUGGGAAGUGAAGCUGAGAAAUUACAUACUAGAGUUGAUAUUACUGAAUCAUUGAUUAAACAAUAUGAAAAUCAAGUCGAGAAAGAUGUGAACGCUACAAAUGAAGCAAAUUAUAAAGUUGGUCAAGCUAAAACAAAUACAUCUCUUGCUUCUCAUCAAGUACAAAAAGCCCUUGAUGAUGUCACUGCAAUUGUUAAAGAAUUGGAAGCAUUGCCUGAAAUAAAUAACGAGGAUUUGAAUCUCUUGGAAAAACGUCUAAUUGCAGCACAAGAUGAAAUAGAAGCUGCAAAUUUAGAUAAAAGAAUACGUACAUUAACAGACGCAAAAAAUCUUCAAACACAAUGGGUAAAAAAUUAUGAAGAUGAAGUUAAUCGUCUUAAAUUAGAAGUAGAAAAUAUAGACGAUAUUAAAAAAGCAUUACCUACUGAUUGCUAUAAACGUGUACGAUUAGAGCCUUAGAUAUAUGCCAAAGACUUUAAAUAAUUUUUUUUUUAUUUUGAAAAAUAUUUUUCAUCCAAACUAACGUGUCUUUUUUUAUAUAGAAAUAUAUAUAUAUAUAGUUUUAAUUUUAAUAAUAUUUAAGCGAGAAGCCUUUCUACUUAAUUUCGAAUUAACAAAAAAUUUAUAAUCAAAUUAUUUUAUAAGCACAUAUACAAUUUUGUAAGUUUAAAAAAAAAGUUUUUUAUAUAAAAAAAAAAAAAUCUGUAACAAUUACAGAAAUAAAAAUAUAAAUCUUA